AUGGAGGCUGAAAUCAAUUCUAUUGAGAAGAAUCAUACAUGGGAGCUGACUGAUUUGCCUAAGGGUCAGAAAACUAUUGGAGUGAAGUGGGUGUUUAAAACCAAAUUGAAUGAGAAAGGUGAAAUAGACAAGCACAAGGCUCGUUUGGUGGCUAAGGGACACAAGCAAGAAUAUGGAGUUGAUUAUAAAGAGGUGUUUGCGCUUGUUGCACGGCAAGAUACAAUUCAUUUAGUAAUCUCUUUAGCUGCCCAAAGCUCUUGGCCUAUUUUUCAAUUAGAUGUAAAGUCUGCCUUUUUACAUGUUGAAUUGAAAGAACAAGUAUUUGUAGAUCAACCUCUAGGCUAUGUACAUGAAGGAAAACAUAAGAAAGUUUUGAGAUUGAAGAAGGCACUCUAUGGGCUAAAACAAGCACCACGAGGUUGGUAUAGCUGCAUAAAUGCAUAUUUUGUCAAACAAGGCUUCCAAAAGUGUCCAUAUGAACAUACUUUGUAUGUUAAGGUUGGUGAUGAAGGUAAAAUGCUCAUCGUGUCUCUUUAUGUUGAUGACUUGAAUUACAUUGGAAAUGAUUGUGAUAUGUUUGAUGAGUUUAAAAAGUCUAUGAUAAAUGUGUUUGAUGUGGCUGAUUUGGGACUGAUGCACUACUUUCUUGACAUAGAAGUAGUAUAA